GAUACAGAGCCGACGAUUUAGAAGAAAGUUGUAGUACUUCCUACCUAACCUCGUCUCCAAGAGAACACACACAGUGAGAGAGAGAGAGAGAGAGAGAGAGAGAGAGAGAGAGAGAGAGAGAGAGAAUCAUCGCAGCGGUUAGAAAAAGAUGGGUUGGAUGAGUCGAUUCAUCGCAGCGGUAGCUUUCUUGGCCAUCGGAGUCAUAUUUUCGCCUGAGAAGUUUGGAUCAAUAUCAUCAUCGGACGGCCUACAACCGCCCAAGCUCUCCACCUACCUCAAACUGGCUCAUCUCCUAUGCUUCUCCACAGCCUUCGGCGCCGCCUUAUGGGUCACUUUCAUCGGCGGCAUCAUUAUGUUCAAGAAUCUACCGAGGCAUCAGUUUGGGAAUCUUCAAAGCAAGAUGUUCCCGGCCUACUUCGCUAUGGUUGGGGUUUGCUGUGCUGUAUGUGUGACGUGUUUUGGGUAUUUACAUCCGUGGAAGUCGGCUUCCACUUCAGAAAAGUACCAGCUUGGCUUCCUUCUCUCAGCCUUUGUUUUCAACCUCGCCAAUCUUUUCGUCUUUACACCCAUGACCGUUGAGAUGAUGAAGCAGAGGCACAAAGUCGAGAGGGAAGAGCAAAUUGGAGAGGAAGUUGGAUGGUCAAAGAACGUUGAAGUUGCAAAAGUAAACCCAAAGCUUAAAGCCAUGAACAAGAAAUUUGGGAUGAUUCACGGCUUAUCAUCUCUUGCUAAUAUUAUGGCCUUUGGUAGCCUUGCCGUGCACUCAUGGUACUUAGCAGGCAAAAUGAAUCUCUAGAUGGUGCUAAUUUCCCUGCAUUGGGAUGAGGUGGAUUCUCAGCAUGGUUUCUUGUGUUUUAGUUGUAUGCAUGCUAAGUCAUGCAUGACCAAGCAAACAUAUUCUGAAAAUGCAAAAUACUUGUUUAUUAUUACUGGGAAAUUGCAUGGCUAUCAUGGCUGCUGUCUGGUAAAUAAGUUAUCCUAUUGACAUGAGUGAAUAAUGUUUGUCUU